UUCAGCGGCGGCGUCCGCUCCCGCCUCGGCCCGCAGCGCGUUCCCCGGCGCCGCUGCCGCCGCUGACAUGUCGCCCGCUGUCGCGGCCAAGGAGGGCGGCCGGCAGCGCCGAGCCGGGAGCCACCACCACUACCUGGAUGUGAGGAGCGAGGCGCCGCCCGGCCUGGUGCUGUGUCCGGACGGGCUGCCGGGCGGUGAGGCCGAGGCGCUGCUGCCGCCGCCGUCACCGCCGCCGGAGACGAGUUCCCGGAGGCCGCGGGGGUGCCGGGCGGAGCUGGGCAGCAUCCUGCUGCUGUUGGUGCUGUACGUGCUGCAGGGCAUCCCGCUGGGACUGGCGGGCAGCGUCCCCCCCAUCUUGCAGAGCAAGAGUGCCAGCUACACCGACCAGGCCUUCUUCAGCUUCGUCUUCUGGCCCUUCAGCCUCAAGCUGCUCUGGGCCCCCUUGGUGGACGCCGUCUACCUGCGGAGCUUUGGCCGCCGCAAGUCCUGGCUGGUGCCCACGCAAUACAUCCUGGGGCUCUUCAUGAUCUACAUGUCCACCCAGGUGGACCUGCUGCUGGGCGACGGGGAAGGCCGGGGCCCCAAUGUGGUGGCCCUUACUGGGACUUUCUUCUUCUUCGAGUUCCUGGCAGCGACUCAGGACAUUGCAGUGGACGGCUGGGCCCUGACCAUGUUGUCAAGGGAGAAUGUGGGUUAUGCCUCCACCUGCAACUCGGUGGGGCAGACAGCUGGCUACUUCCUGGGCAACGUUCUCUUCCUGGCCCUGGAGUCGGCCUCCUUCUGCAACAAGUACCUGCGGUUCCAGCCCCAGCCCCAAGGGAUUGUUACCCUCUCAGAUUUCCUGUUGUUCUGGGGAGCUGUCUUUUUAAUUACCACUACACUGGUUGCCCUUUUGAAAAAGGAAAACAAGGAACUGACACCAAUGAAAGAAGAAACAAAAGGCAUCACUGAUACAUACAGGCUGCUAUUCUCAAUAAUCAAGAUGCCGGCGGUUCUUACCUUCUGUCUCUUGAUUCUCACAGCAAAAGUUGGAUUUUCAGCAGCAGAUGCUGUAACAGGACUCAAAUUGGUGGAAGAGGGAGUCCCGAAAGAGCACUUGGCUCUGCUAGCGGUUCCAAUGGUUCCUCUACAGAUAAUACUGCCUCUGAUUAUCAGCAAAUACACAGCAGGCCCCCAGCCACUGAACACAUUUUACAAAGCUAUGCCUUUCAGGUUACUGCUUGGUCUGGAAUUUGCUUUUUUGGUAUGGUGGACUCCUAAAGUAAAACAUGAAGGAGGAUUUCCUGUCUACUACUAUGUUGUAGUAUUGUUGAGUUAUGCUUUACAUCAGAUCACGCUGUAUAGCAUGUACGUUGCAAUAAUGGCCUUCAAUGCCAAGGUCAGCGACCCGCUGAUCGGAGGAACCUACAUGACACUCCUGAAUACUGUGUCCAAUCUGGGAGGGAACUGGCCUUCCACCGUUGCACUCUGGCUUGUGGACCCACUCACGGUGAAAGAGUGUGCGGGGGCCCAGGAACAGACCUGUGGAACUACAGCUGCUGCAGAACUUUGCACGAAAGCUGGUGGUUCCUGUGUUACUACCUUGGACGGUUACUAUGUGGAAUCUGUCAUCUGUGUCAUUCUGGGAUUUGGCUGGUGGUUCCUACUUGGGCCAAAAUUUAAAAAGCUGCAGGACGAAGGACAGUCUUCGUGGAAGUGCAGGAGGACCAAUUGAUGCAGUUUAAAUAUUGGAUGGACUAGCAAGGUCACUUUAGUUUUAUUACAAAGACAUAUCCCAUAAUCAAUAAACAGGAAUAUAGGUACUUUUAAAUGCCACAUCACUGAAAAACUGGGUGGCUGAGACAGUGGUAUGUUUGUAUGUGAUACCACUUGCCCUGCCAAUAUGAAAAUGUAAGUUCAGAAAGUAAUUGUUGAAAAACAGCACCUAUGUACUACAUACGUAUCCCUGAGCUCUAGCUUCAGAGGCAUGGCUGCUGGCGUAACCACCGUCUGAAUUUCCAUAUAGCAACUAUGGAAAAGCUCAUUGUGCCAUGUCUUUCUAAACAGCAGCAUUGUCAGCUAAGUUCCAGCUCUUUCUUUUCAAACAGAAAUGGUCUGACACGGGGAGUUGACCCGGGGAAGGAUGUCAAAGGCAUUUUGACUCGUAGGUUAAGCAUGUUCUACUAUGGAAUUCCUUGUGGGAAGAUAGACGUCUGUGGGCUUUGUUUCUUCUCACUUUCUGAACUGUAACCACAUCUCAAAGGAUGGAAUGUUUCAGAGAUUCUUUUAAAUGUAUUUUCUGGCUUUUAUAAGCUUUAAAGAUUUAUAAGAAAAUAUUUUUAUAAACAAA